CAGUCAUGGGAUCAAACCAUAAUUUGGGCGAAGCGGUCUGUCCAGAAAACACAGUCGGCAGAAGUCAACCAUAACAUUCCCCAAAUUCUUUUUCUUAUUAUAAAUUUGCAUCAUGAUCUGACGUUUGGCAAUUCUUGGACCGAACACGAAUAAAUAAAUUUCUUAGCCACCUGUCCAAAUCAGUGAAGAAUCAACUGCGAAACUUCGUUCAACGUCCGAGGAAGGCUGCUGGUACAUCCCCCUACGCCACCCCACAAAUGGAGGUCUGAAACAAACAUGUAUAUAUGGAGACCUGAAAGAACAUUUAGGUCAUAUAAACAUGGCUGAGAAUUAUCCCAACACAAACGUGCCUGGUUCGAGCAUGGACCCAUGUAACUUCCAGAUGAAUUUUGAGCAUUCAGAUUUCUUCGAAUUCACUGACCGGAAGCUGGACGAUCUAGAACUUAUCGUCUCCGGUUAUCCCGAAAGCCAGAACUAUGACGCGGUUAAUUUCGGGGGAAGUAGCAGCUACCAUGAAGAUCCCAACGGCACAUCAGGAGGUGCUAGAAGUGGCAGGGCGAAUAAAGAAGUAACAGAGAAGGUUGCUUUUAAAACCAGGUCAGAAAUUGAGAUACUUGAUGAUGGCUUCAAGUGGAGGAAGUAUGGAAAAAAGAUGGUGAAAAACAACCCAAAUCCCAGGUGCAUAAUUAUCCUACAUUUUUUUUUCUCCUAGCAUGUUUAUUCAUUGUACACUCGUGUUUGGCUUUUCUCAU